GACAGGCAUUUCCAAGAAACGAAACCGAUACUAGGGAGUUCGUGACAGGUGAAACGAAAUUGUUAAAACUAUAUUAUAAAUUGUGUAUUUGCACGCAUAUACAUAACCAGUCUCACACUCAUUUCAGUCAACAGUGUCAAACCAGAAAUCUUAAAAUGGAGUCACUACAGAGGAUAAAUAAGACCCCAAGGAAGGCAACACGAGCUUUAGGACUGAACGAUGACUGGCAGACUGGAAGAUCUCUGGCAGAAACCAACCUUUUCAUGCUAGAAAAUAAGAUUGCCUGCGACGUCACGUUCCGCGUUGGUCCAACAAGGGGCAUAAUUCAAGCUCACAAGUUCAUGCUGAUAAGUCGCAGUCACGUGUUUGCAGCCAUGUUUGAUGGUCCACUGGCUGAAAAGGGUGUGGUGGAUAUCCCGGAUGUUGACGUCACUGUCUUUAAUCUGUUUCUCAGAUUCGUGUACGCUGAUGACGUCAAAGUGAAAUCUGAUAACGUAAUGCAUCUACUGUACCUAGCAAAAAAGUACAGCACUGGAAAGCUGGAAGAUAUUUGUCUGAAAUUCCUUAACACAUCCUUAAACGCCAAGAACGUCUGCACUAUCCUGGAACAAGCCAAGUUCUUUAAUGUAGAUGAACUAUGUAACACGGCCAUUAAAUACAUCUUGGAAAACGGAAAUUCGGCUUUGAAGUCACCUGAUUUUCUGACCUUAUCACAGGAGUCCGUACUGGAUGUCGUGAAGUCUGAUGACCUCCAAGCAGACGAAAAAGAAGUAUUACAGGCUGCCUUUGAGUGGGCCAAGCACCAGUGUGAGCAGAAACACGUGGCCAUCAAUACCGAGACUUUACGAACACAACUUGGAGACAUCGUCCAGCAGAUCCGCUUCCCUCUUCUGGACAGAGAGUUCUUUGUCCGGACAGUGGUUCCUAGCGGCGUGCUGACAGACAAGGAGCAGUUGCUGAUUCACAACCAUGCUGUCUGCAAAGAUGUAUCCGUGGCGCCAUUCUCUGAGAAACUGAGAAACUUUAGAAGCAAGCACAGCGGUGGCAUUCGAUGUAACUUGUGUGGAUGCAUGUUGAACAAUAUUGCAAAUAACUCUUUCUGGUAUAGGUUUUGCCAGCAAUGUGGACAGCAAUACUAAGUGUUGUCUGUCUAAUACGGUAAGUCGCAACGCGACCUGAGAUGGCAUUUGUUUCAUAAUGGCUGACGAAUAAUAAUGGCUGACGAAUAAUAUUCUAGAAACUAGCGUCACUCCCGUGAAUCUGUUGUAACUACACAUUAUUGAUUAUUACGAAUGUAUACAAUACAUAUUUGAAAAUUA